AUGAGUAGAAAAUAUGCAAGAUUGUGUGGUGCCCGUCCCACUCUUCGUCUUCCGAUCCAUUCUCUGUCUCUUCGAUCGAAACACACCUCCAGACGAUGUUCUGGUUCGAUCAAAACUGAUCAUAACAGCACAGAAUUCUUGAACAAUAUUAGCAGCAGCAAGGAUGAUUUCAGUGCUGACAGUUUGAAAAGAGGGUCGUCUGAAGUUGGGAAUAAGAUAAUGGUUGUGGUGGAUCCAAGCCUUGAAGCUAAGGGUGCUCUUGAAUGGGCCCUGUCACACACUGUACAAACCCACGACACCAUUGUACUUGUUCAUGUAGCUAAGCCCUCCAAACAAGGUGCAGAGUCAGAUGGGAAGAUCAAUUUGAGGGCUUUUGAACUUCUUCACUCUAUGAAAAAUGUGUGUCAAAGGAGAAGGCCUGGGGUGGAAGUGGAGGUAGCAUUGCUUGAAGGGAAAGAGAAGGGACCAAUAAUAGUGGAAGAAGCAAAGAGACAAAGGGCGUCCCUACUCGUUCUUGGCCAAAAAAGAAAGAGAUCAAUGUGGUGGCAGCUCAUCAAGAGGUGGACAAGGAGCAGAUCCUCCGGCGAGGUAACUGUUGAAUACUGCAUCCAAAAUGCUGCAUGCAUGUCGAUUGCCGUGAGGAGGAAGAGCAAAAAACUUGGAGGCUACUUGAUCACCACUAAGCUUCACAAGAAUUUCUGGCUUCUAGCUUGA